AUGCUUAGAUCUGCCACCAGAUCCGUUUUCAAGAGAGGGCUUGUGACCCCCGCCAGCAAGCCAGUAGUGACCGAGUUGUCCAACGGCAUCAAGGUCGCCACGCUCACCAACGAGCAGUCCGCCGCGGCCACCGUCGGUGUGGUCUUCGGCAGCGGCUCUGCCUCCGAAAACCCCUACAACAACGGUGUCUCCAACGUUUUGGCCCACUUGUUCCACUCUGAGGGCGCGCAGCAGGCUGCCAAGGCCGGCAUCCAGCUCUCCACUAAGACAGCCAGAGACUACCAGUCCUACGUUGCCUCCUUCGCAGCCGGCUCGGGCGCUGUCUCCAAGCCACUAGACCUCCUGCAGUCCCACAUCUCCGCCGCCUUGGAAUCCUCCUCCGAUGCUGCCACUGCCGGGGCCUUGGCCAAGACUGCCAAAGAGGUUGCCGCGUUCGAGGCUAGCAACCACCCUGGUCGCGUCUUGGAGCACCUGCACGCCACCGCCUUCCAAAACACUCCUUUGGGCCUACCCGUCAGAGGUACCGUCGAGUCUAUCGAGGCCUUGGAGAAGGCCGACCUGCAGACCCACGCCCGCUACCACUUCCACAACUCCAACGCUGUGAUUGUGGGCUCUGGCAACGUCGCCCACGAUGAGCUCGUCAAGGCUGUCGAGUCCCAGAUUUCUUUGCAGUCCGGUGACAAGCCCGUCGAAAAGAAGAAGUCUUCGUUCUUGGGCUCUGAAGUCAGAUUGAGAGACGACACCCUGCCCAAGGCCUGGAUUGCCAUUGCUGCAGAAGGUGAGCCUGUCACUUCUCCAAACUACUACGUCGCCAAGGUCGCUGCUCAAGUCUUCGGCUCUUACGCCGAGGCCGAGCCUGCCUCUAGACUCCAGGGUGUCAAGUUGAUCGACGAAGUUCAGGAAUACCACUUGUGCGACUCCUUCGACCACUACUCUUUGUCUUACAAGGACGCCGGUCUAUGGGGUUUCUCUGCGGAGACCUCCAACAUUCACCAAAUUGACGACCUCACCCACUUCACCUUGAAGCAGUGGAACAGACUGUCUAUCUCUGUUACUGAGCAGGAGGUUGCCCGUGCUAAGUCCCUGCUGAAGCUGCAACUAGGCUCUGUCGCCGCCGACAGUGUCAAGCUCGCUCACUCCCUGGGUGCUGAGACUUUGGCUCUGGGCGCCGCGCCAGAUUUGACUCGCGUUUUCGAGAAGAUCGACAACAUUACCGUCAAGGACGUCAAGGCCUGGGCCUCUGACAGAUUGUGGGACCAGGACAUCGCUAUUGCCGGUACCGGUAAGAUUGAGGGUCUACUCGACUACAUGAGACUCAGAAACGAUAUGAGCAUGAUGAGAUGGUGA